UCGUAUGCAAAGAGACCAAGCGAGCAGAUUAGACGAGGGUGAAGAAGCGGUAUUUCACAUCUGCACACUUCCUUCAGGUUCAUACUGUCUUCGUAUUGCCUCUUCUUCCUUGACAUUUCUUCUCUGUCAUUCCCCAAAAUUCGGCAUCAAGUUUUAAUGAUGAAGGUGGCUGUGACGAUUAUUGCUUUAUUUCUGAGUGACGUUGUUGCACUGGUGUCUAGUACAACGCCUCAAUCUCCCACUGCCUGCCCCACAACAACACCAUGCCCCUCGUGCCCUCCGGCUGUUACGUGCCCCCCAGCUUUGACCCCUGCCCCCGCUCUGCCAGUUCUGCGUACCAUCCACGUGACCCCUGAGCCAACUCCGUGCUUGGGCAGGGUCAACCUGGCAUCAAACGCAACCUUUUGGCUCCCACUCUGCCAGAGCAGCCAGGGCCACAUCUCUUCAAAAAGGUUGUGUGACCAGUUGGGUUGCGGACGCUUCAAGUCUUGGAAGAAGUCAAAGGGCGCUAACGAGGGGUAUGAAGUCCAGGCCGAUGGAUAUUUGAACAACGUGACGUGUAACGCGUUGAUGAUCCAGUGCAUAGCGCGCCCUGCCACUGCGGAGCUGGUGGCCUACAAGACCGUGACUUGGCUGUUGAGCACUGUGUUUGUAAUCCUGAUUCUAAUUCGCUUUGGACCUGGGAGGUGUGCCUCCAUUAACAAGAAAAUAUUUGAGAGACGAAACAGGGAGUGGAUCGGACCCACGCAAAGUCAGAGUGUGUCCUUUUACAGGGCACAGGCCGCUCAUCCGAACAGCAGCGCCAGCAAGAGGUCGUCGUACCCUGCACUGGAGAGACUGUCCGUCCAUCCCAGCAGAGAACCGUCCUCAAACCGGAACAGCUGUGAUUCAUACAACUGAACAGUCCACCUGGAUCAUCCUCACCAUGAAACUCUAUCGUUUUCACCAAUGUACCUAACAACACAUGCAUUCGUAAGUCUUUAUUCCGUAUGCGUGCAAUUUAAAAUGACGUAUUUUUUAAAGAAAGGCAUGUGUUAUUUACUGCGUACCGCUGGUGAAAAGUGCCAAAUCCCACUGUUCUCAAAUGAACCACUGAAUCAUAAGAAAAAAAAAAAAACUGCAAAAUGCCCUCCCCGAUAAAACA